ACCCCACUAAAUUAUGUCCAACAGUUUAGUUUUGAAGCUAAAAAUAUACAUGUUUAUUGAACUGAAUAUACUUUGCUUUCCAGAUGGAGAAAUCAAUUAUUCUACUAUUCUGGUUACAAUAUGUUAAGAUCUCAAAAAGCUUCCAUUAUAGCCCAAUGAAUAAACAAACAACAGCAGUUUUUAUUGAAUGGGAUGAAUUUCCUAAGGGAGAAAGUCCUGAAUUUUAUUUUUUAAAAUACCAACUUGUUAAUAAUUUUGCUCAACAAAAUGUCAAGAGCAUUCUCGCAGACCCACAAAAGCUUCCAAAAUCAAUAAUAACACUAGAGGAAAAUGAAGACUAUUACAUCACUAUAGAGUCUAUAAAAUAUGGACGAAUUUUAAGUGAAAAGUCCUUUAAAACCCGUGGAUUCUCAACUAGCAAUGUCAAAAUAAUAGCAACCAGUACGAGUGUUUCCUUUAACUGGACUGUGCUGUCUUCCAAUGACAUUUCAGUGUCAAUAUCUCUCAAUAAUUCUUCACGAAUUAUGCAUGAUAACAUCAUGGCUUAUGAGUGGGAUAAUUUAAAACCUGAAACCUUACAUGCUUUUAUGUUUGAAUUUAAACAGUUGCAUUUGGAUUUUAUACAUAUUUUUCAGAGACUGGAUAUUCAAGUAGAAACAGGUUCAUGUGCACAGGGAUGGGUAGCAUUAAAAAAUAGCUGUUACAGAAUUAGCAAAGACAGUGUGCCAUGGAAUAUAGCCCAGCAACGUUGUAAGUUACCCUUAAGUUUUGCACACCUUGUGGAUAUUAAAAAUGAAGAGGAAAAAAAAUUCGUAUUUUCACUUCUCAGGUCGAAGAAUCAAAUAAUAACAUGGACUGGUCUUAAAGAUUUGAAGAAAGAAGGUCAUCUCACAUGGACAAAUGGAUCAUCUUUUGGCCUUAAGAAAAAUGACACCAUUUCUUUUCUACUGCUACCCAACAAGGAAACAGAUUGCUACAUUUUACAGCAAAAUGAAACUGGAUCAAACUAUUUCUUUACAAGAUUUUUCUGUUAUGUUCCAUUGCCAUAUAUUUGCAAAUAUGAAUGUAAUAAUUUUCUUUAGUAUCCUUAUUAUAUUUGUGCAUCUCAUUCUUAUUAUUUCAAAGACAGAAUUAAAAUUUCUAAUUAAAUAGUUCUUUUAUAUUUUUUCAGCACCUUCUCUGC